CCUGGCACUAGCUUCACCAGCCAUAUAUCCCAACUCCACCCCUCCAUACAUAUAAAACCUCUGCAAAAUACGCCAUAACAGAAGAAGAAAAAAGCUUCCACCAACUGGCAAAAAUGGCAGCUACCAGCCUGAUUCUAUUUCCUUGUGUUUCUUCAUCUCCCAAAUCUCAACCACUUACUACAUUCCUGCCUCAAUCACCACCAUUAUUGUGUUCUUCACCACAGAGAAGAAGAAUGUCUCACCACUUCAGAGCACCUGCAACCUCAGAAGGAGGAGGAAAUGGAGAACUGCAGCCAAAAGACAAGAAGAAGUUCAUAACCAAAGAACAAGAGCCAGAACAGUACUGGCAAACAGCAGGAGAAAGGGAAGGAGAGAAUCCCAUGAUGACACCACUUCCUUACAUUAUCAUAUUUGGGAUGUCCACUCCUUUUGUGAUUCUGGCUAUUGCUUUUGCUAAUGGUUGGAUCAAGGCUCCUAUAAGGUGAUUCAAUUUCAAGUCGAAAACCAAACAGAUCGAAGCAGGCUGGUCAGGCAGGCAGGCAGGCAAUUCUGGGAUCACCUCAUUCUGUGAUCUCGUCCCAAUUUUUACACACUGUGUUCUUCAUUAAGCAUUGGGUCUUCAUUUCUUAGACGAACAAGAAAUUUGUACUUUGAUGAAAUAUCAGUUAUUUACGAUAUGUAGCAAGAUAUAAGUUUCAUUUCUGCAGUCAUGUCUGUUCUUAGUAUGCUUUGACCGACAGCAAAGAAGAAACAGUAAUGUCAGAA